CGUUAUAAUAUCAGUUCCAUGAGUUUAUGCAUUCGGCUUUUUUUUCUUUGACAGAUAUGACAGUGUUGACUGCAGUUUCGAUGUAGAGAUUCUAGGUGAGCCAGCUCCUCUUAAAUUUGGUCUGAAAAUGUUAUUAAUAAAGAGUCUUCCUUGUAACAGCCUGAAGUUUAAUAAAGCAGGCUGGCAAACUAUUUGUUUGGGACCCUUGACCCCUGAAUGUUGUGAUGUCCUUUAGCCUACUCUUCACUAUCUUGCGUUCCAAAAUUUUGAUUGGCCCUCUCAAAGAGCAUGUUACCUAAAUAGAUGCAGUCUAAGCUCUUGGUUAUAGUAAUCGUAGCACCCUGAUGAUUUUGAUGCUGUAGAGAGGCUGGAAUAGCCUCGGGUAUCAUGAAAUGCAUCGUAUAUUUUUUUUGUCACGUUUUCAAAACAUACUAUAAUGUGACUGCUUUUUGUACAAAUUAUUUCCUGCUAAGGAAAAUUAAAUGAACGAAUUAGGGAUUUUAUUUACAGAUUUUCUUAUGUGGGUCUAGUAAAAAAUACUUAAUAAAAUGCUGCAAACAAGGGAAUUACAUGUGGGAACUGGGCAACAGUAAAAAUACAACCCAAAAGAAACAGGGAGAUGAAUACAUGAAACGAAUAUCUUUGCCUCUUAUUUCUUUGUUUCAUUUUCUCGUUACAGCUGUAAAUUACACACAGUUGCCCGAUGACUCCGGGGGUCCUUACUUCCCGUUCUUCCCUGACCCUGAUUCAGUUGUAUGUCUGAAAGAGGCUCAAUGUACAAUUCCGAUAUUUGCAAAGACCAAUUCUACUGGGGCACAGAUUACUGGGAUCAGUGUUGUCAACGCUAGUUCUGACUUCAACAGCCAUUCCUCAGUGACAGUUGGUUUUGUGACUUUCAACAAUGAGUCAGUUUAUCAAAUUGACGUCACUCUUAGCAGCUCGGAUCUUGGGUCCAAACAGAUAUGCUUUCAAGCAGAUGAUUCUUCUGGGUUUUUUAACAAUCUCUAUACCCUGAAGCUGCAUGUCAGUGGUUCCGUUGUGACCAGGGCUAUUGAAAUGUUGGCCGACUGGGGUGCCUGA